CUUUUUCUUGCCUUGUCCAACCUUUACUCUUUGAGAUGGUGAAUGAAGCAGCCCGAGCAGAGACCCAGCAGCGCACAAGCGCCUUUCUGGGAAGCGAACAGCCACCCCGCUGCUUCGAGCUCUCAUUAUGGCAGGGAUCGGCAACUCCAUGAAUCGCUUCCGAGUGCGCCCAGCUGAGCCGCGGGACUGCCCUGAAAUCCUGCGUCUCAUCAAAGAACUGGCUGCUUACGAAAACAUGCCUGAAGCAGUAAAAAUAACAGAAACAGAUUUACUUCGAGAUGGUUUUGGAUCACAUCCCUUCUUCCAGUGUUUAGUAGCAGAGGUAUCAACAGAAAAUGUAAUGCUAGAUGCUGGUAUUGUAGGUUUUGCUAUGUAUUACUACACCUAUGACCCUUGGAUUGGCAAGCUGUUAUACUUAGAAGACUUUUAUGUUAUGGAUGAAUAUAGAGGCUGGGGCAUUGGAACAGAACUUUUAAAAAAUUUAAGUCAGAUUGCAAUCGAUUCCAACUGUAGCUGCAUGCACUUUCUUGUUGUGGUUUGGAACAAGCCGUCUAUUGAGUACUAUAUGAGGCAUGGGGCGUGCGAUCUUUCCACCGAAGAGGGAUGGCACCUCUUCCGAUUCGAUAAAGAGCAUCUAAUCAGAAUGGCUGCUGGAGAAUAAAAGGAAGUCCCCCUCCCGAGGGUGAAGUGCCAUCAAUUCAUCGGCCACAAGGAAACUUCUAGCUAAAAUUGUGGUUCUAAAGCAGGCAAAUACUAGCAACAGAAAUUAAAAAGAGGUCUGCCUGUUUUAUGACUGGCGGUAGUUUGAUACAUUGUUGGAUUCUUGUGUUUUCCAUUUGCGAGCUGGGUUGGUGUGGCAUGAACCCCGACGUUUGGUUAAUAAGUACACACGUCACCAUCAUACGGGCUCUCCUGGCUGCUAGGGGCUUCUUGACCAAAGUCAGAGGUUCACUGAUAUCCUGCGUCCUGGAACGCUUUGUACUCUGGGUUGAAACUGGAAUUUGUAGUCAAGGCUUUCUGCAGGUUACAGGAGUUGAGUUUCUCUAAAUCCCAUCAGCGUCAGGUGAAGAGCCAUGUGUGAGUUGAAGGAGGAGUGGAGACAGUGCAAUGUGCAAGAGUGUCUGUCUGUCUGGUUUAAUCUGUCAUGCUAACACAACUGCCAUCAUUUAAGACAUUCCAUGGAUUGCUAAGACCACUCGACUGUUUUAGCAAGUGGAGGUGAGACAAAUAUUCUGGGCAGAAAACCUUAGGCUUUCCUCCCAGUAGAAGAGAAAGUUGAAGUAUCAGUAUUUGGGGGGGCUGUGCCAAUUCAUGUCUGUAAGAUGCUGGGCCAGAAGAAUCAGGACCUUGAUGUCUUCACCCAUUGUUAUAGUUGUGCAAUGAUGCUUCUACGGUAUAGCCGCUUGGACAACUGAGGUUAGAUCAUAGCACAAGCCGAAAAAUUCACAUUAACUUUUUCCCACUAGAUCCCUUAAAUUGAGACGGUCUGGGAUCCAAGUAAGAUGGCCAUUUAAUGUAAUUGUAUUUGUUUCACUUUACUUUUUCUCUAUUUUGCUUUCAGCGUUCAGUCUAGGCGUUGAGGGCCAGGAUCUCUGUUACCAUAUAUUCUUCACACUAGUUGAAAACAACCGGUCUGAUCAUUCAGCACUAUAUAAUCAGCCAAGCAUCACUCUGCAGGAAGACACUGUUGGCGAAAUGGCAGCAUUCGGGUACUCUCAUGGUUGCAUCACUGACAGAACCAAAGUACUUUGGGAGAGUGCCCCUAAAUAGGUAUAUUGGCAACAUGAGAUUGAUCAGCAAUCAAUCCCACUCCAUAAACAUCAGGUUCCCUAAGCCUAAAAUGUUGGAGGUUCCACCUCUAGACUGCCUAACAACCCUCUUUGUAAAGGAGAUAUGUGUAAUAAUAUGCACGUGGAACAUACUGGGGUGCUUAUACUCAUUAAAGUCAUGCACA